AUGGAUUUAUCUUCUAUUGUUCUGGCACUUCAGGGGAACUUGGCUUUUGUGCCGCGUGCCGUGUCAGUGCUGUUCAACCACGCGAACCCGCUCUCGGAACGAGAGGCGGCAAAACUUUCCGAAUUUACGAGAGAGCAGCAAGAGACGGGAGCACCGGUGACUUCCGUGCCGGAUAACAUUAAACAACUCAUGGAGAGACCGCUUCAUCGUCUGUCCGCGGUUACUGUCAUUCAGUGCAUCUUGGGAGCUGCCAAGGUUCCAAGCCUCCCCGUAAAGUACCAGCGACGUCUCCAGCGACAUCUUUUACCUCUUCUUUGUAAGAGUGAACCGUUAUCACUGGAGGAAUGGAGCCAUGUUCUUCGUCAGACAGCAACGCUUCCAAUGGGCCACUCUGCCAUCCCACUGCGAUGUGCAGAAGAGGUACUAAAGGCAGCGGCACCGGCUUUGUUUCUCUCAAAGAACAAAUCUGCCGAAGAAGAGUCCGUCAAAGAAGUGCAAAAGUUAUUUCUCAAGACAUUUGCUGUGGUCGUUUCGCAUUACGCCAAACGGUACACCAGGUGUUUUCAGCGCUCAGCGACACAGAAAAUGCCUACAGGUAAGAGCAAUAAAAAGAGGAGUUUUCUGUAUUCUACUCCAUUUAGGCGUCUCAAACGCAUAUUGGAUGUGAAUUGGGGGCACACCCGGGAAGCAUGGUUGGCGAUUGUUGAGACGUUGUCACCGGCGGACGCCCUUAUACUUUCGUUAGCAACACCAUGGAAUUAUCCCAUAAAGAAUGGUACACUCAUGCAGGUGUUGAAGGGCAGUCCAACGUUGUUGUUUCAUCUUUUUUCCGAUCGACCUUCCCCUGGUUCAUUAUGGGUUGAGUGCCCCAAUGACGCAAUACAAACUUGCAUUUACAAUAUGGGGCUUACCAAUUGCUCACGCGAUAAUGCAUUGGAUUACCUCGUUGUGCUUUUGGCGCUUCCUGGGGAGGACAAAUUUGCAUUUUUCAAGUCUCGUGGUAUGGACGGAUUUUUGCAAUUGUUAACACCCUUUGUGAACAAUGUUAAGGCCUUGAACUUCGCUGUGGCACAGGAAUGGCAAGAGCUUUAUGCAUUACUUUUUCUUCACAUGAAAGCGGAGGAGGAGUUAUUUCCUCUUUUUGUUCAGGCCGCUUCCGAUGUUGUGGUAAACCGAUGCCGGGCUGUGACUGAAAAGGCAUCGAUUAUAACCCUUACCGCCUCCGUGAUGCACGCCAUUUCUGAUGCCGCACGAUCCAAGGCUGCAGCUGGAAAAUUGACCCGCAUGAUUGAGCGGGAACUAGCAAGUCCUGCCAUAGACACUGCCGCUGCUGCUUGGAGACUUCUUCGAGAAGCCAGAUUGGAGGACGAUGUUGCAGAUGAGAUACGCUCUGCAUUAAAAAGCGCCAAGAACAAUGAACAACUCCGAAGGGUUAUGAUAAUACAUAUUUCCCCGCAACGAGCACCCGCCGAUGUCAUUGCCUCUCUGAUUGAGCCGCUUUUGGAGGAAUGUGAAGAGGCGGAGGCGUAUCGACCGGAUGCGUUUUUGGCAUUGCGCAUCGCUGCACAGAAACGAUUCAAUGCGGUAGCAAAACUGUGCGGCAUUCUUUGUCAGGCAGAUGUGGUGGCACAAUUGGGUAUGGUAGCGGAUGAAUUGGACGGUCUCAUGGAAACGGCGGUGGCACUUGCCCAAAUCAGUUUAUUUGCUCCCAUGGCGCUUCUCUUAACCCACAGAAGUGGAUUACUGCGACAGCACCUUUCCUCGUACGUUGCCACAAUUUCUACUGAUGCAAGUGCCAUCAUCGCCCUUUGGGACAGCCUGACACGCACAGUAUUCGGGUUGGAGGCGAAGGAAAAGCCGAAGAUUUUGUCCUCCAAUGCCGUUGGGGCACUCCUUACGGUGGCCCCAGCAUUACUGCAGCACACCGCGAAGACGCCAGUAUCGACCACGCUCUGCGAAGUUCUGCUUUGCUGUGGCCAUGACCACAUUCAAGGGACAGAUCCGUACUAUUUCCACACAAAGUCAUUUCUCCUUGGCCGUCGGCGGACGAGUUCGGAGGUGGUGCAAUCGCAAGUAUUUGAACGACUCUUUGCCGGGGAACACGCACACCUUUUUAAACUGCACAGUGAGGCACUUGUCAGCAAAAUCUGUGAGAAUUUUAAUGGUCCGACACAUUUGGGUACGGCUGCCAGUCGUGGUUUGGUGCUGCUUUUGAGCUUUAUCACCAGUCCCCUGUCAUUGCAGCAAGCCUUUGAAAAACUUUUAGAUGCCACCAAAAAAUCGGUGGAUUACUUGAUGUCUCUUGAUGCCCGUGACCGCGCCAUUGCGGCCUCCUCCGUAACGGCGCUGCAAGAGUACGAAACAAAGGCUUUACGGGAGCGACAACUUCUCAAGACAUAUCCUGACAAACCACCCAAGGGAAUGUCUGAGGACGACUACGAAGACAUGAAACGAAGAGAUGCGAUUGCUCUUGAAAAGGGUCGAGAGGUGUUGCGCAUAGAAAUAGAGAAGCGGAGACAUGAGAUUGAGGAGACGAUACGGAAGAAUAAGGUACCAUUGGCGACGAUUCGUACUCUUGGAACUACAGGACGUUUUCCUAUCGAAGGGGUGGCGGUACUUUAUCCCUAUCUUCAGGGCAUUUUGAAUAGCAACGAUUUGCCGGAAGUACUUGAGCGUCUUAUUGUAGAUGCCAUUUCAGGUCUGCUUUCAAAAACCAUCUUUGCAGACAUGGCGGAGAACAUGGCGUGUACUGUGGCCCAGUUGCAUGACAAACCAUCUCUUACGGUUGAGGACGUGUCACGGCUCUCAACGAUGUCGCUGCAUCUGCGUCAGGCCAUCACUCAUAUGAUUCCUGCGCCUCUUUUUGUGGUAUUGCUCCCUUUCUCACGGGUUGCGUUUAAGGCAGGUCGUGGAAGCAAUGCCGUGCAGACGACCAUUCCUGUUGCGACGCAGCACCAGAUUAUGGGUCUACUUUUGCAGAACCUCGGACAGCCUAAAUUACCGCAGCCUACAGAAACACUACAACUACUUACCAACAUUUUGCAGAAUUUUCCUUCACUCUUUAAGAGCGUGCAACAGGGCAUUAAUCUCCUGAUGGCUCUGAUUCCUGCGUCGAAUCUCACAGCACUGGAACUCGGUCUUUUUAACCCCGCUGAUGCUGUUAAGGAGGUGGUUGCUUCAGCAUAUCAUCGAUUUUCGCACUUCUUGACAUGUCGUCGUGCAUUGGUUUUGGCAGCAGUUUCUCUUCAUGAUUCUUCUCUCGAGGUGGUGAAGUCGAUGCAACGCGUCACGCACGAUCCCGUGUACUCCUUCUCGCUCGAUCCAAUGGAUUGGAAUGAUCUUCUUUACUUUUUAAGGAAUUACGGCCAGCACCAAACAUCACACGCUGUGCGUAUCGGUGAGACUAUGCGAGAACUCUUCUUACUGCCCUCGACGACUGUGGCACAGCAAAAGUUGUGGCUUGAAGACCUAAAGAAGAUCGCUGGACAAGGCGCUAUUGUAUCCAUUCAGGUUUUGUCUUCCUCAUUGAUGAAUGAUGCCUUUCAGGGCGUCCUGUUGUUUCUCUGCGAAAUGGCAGAGUCUCCGAGUACGGAACCACUUAUGCGACUUAUCCUCUCAUGUGGACGCGUGGUUCUGAAUGACUGCGCUAUCGAUGUUCUCAAGUCAUUGGCUCCAACACUUCAGACUCGCCUUGGUAAGCCACCUAAAGAUCUCACCGAUGCACACAAAGAGCUCUACUUUGCCACUUCUACAGUGUGGCUUACGAUCAUUAGUUGUCGUCUUAAAGAGACUGUGUUGUUGGAAUCCAUUGUCGAGCAACAGAGUAGCACAUUAAACAAGUCAAGCUCGGCUAUGGUGCAUCGGGCUGUGUGUACAUCUAUGGUGGAGAUUACGAAAAACGAGGAGGUGCGAGCUUCUCCAAAGUUGGAUGAGUUUGUGGAGAAGUGUUUGAAACAGGUCAUUCACGCCAGUUCAUACAUUAAGAAAAAAGCACAUGCCUAUGGUCUUGUGGGCGUUCUUCAGGGUUUGGGUCUUACUUCCCUUAGACGUUACCAGAUUAUGGAGAUUAUGAAAAAGGCCGUUAGUGAGAAUCGGACAGAGCGGACGGGUGUGAUGUUACUUCUGGAGGUUCUUUCUGAAGAAAUGGGUGCCAAAUUUGAGCCUUACGCACUCGCCAUGUGCGGCGGAUUGCUCGAGGGCGUGGCCGACAAGGAUCAAAGGGUUUCAGAAUGUGCAGAUGACGCGUCCCGUGUAAUGGUGCGCUCCUUGACAGCAGUGGGCCUGCAACAACUGAUACCCCGUUUGGUGGAUAGUCUAUCUGCAGAGCAGGCAAAACGACGUGUUCCGCCUCUAAACUUUAUCGGUUACGUCGCCUUCUGUUCGCCCAAGCAACUGGCCGCAACGUUGCCAGAGAUUACAAAACACAUCAACGCAUGCCUUUUUGAUGUCAACCAUAAUGUUUCAACAGCUGCUAUGAAUGCGUUGCGGCGUGUUGCUGGUGUUGUAUCGAACGCUGAGAUUCGGGAACAUGUGGAAGUAAUCCUUCUUGCGUUACGUUCUCCUAGUACUGAAACUGAGAAUGCACUUGACACGUUGCUUUAUACUCGUUUUGUGAAUGCUGUGGACCCUGCGUCAUUGGCUCUUAUUAUUCCUAUCCUUUCGCGGGGCCUCAGUAGCCAAAUGCCACAUCUCCGUCCAAAGGCGGCCCAGAUUGUGGCAUCUAUGGUGAAUCUUGUUAAUGACCCCAAAUCCCUUAAACCGUACUCUGAGGAACUUGUGAGGUUACUUGAAGAAGCUGCAAUGGACCCCAUGUCGGAAGCCCGCACUACCAGCGCCAAGGCUGUUGCAGCGCUCUCCGCUGCCCUUGGUGGGAAGAUGGUUGAUGAUAUCGUGGCUUGGUGUUUUACUAUUUUGCACAAGCCUCACGUUAGCAGUAUUGAAAAGGCGGGUGCCGCGCAGGUUUUUGUGGAAGUGGUAGAAAGUUGCGGGGAUUCCAUUCUGUACGACUCACUCCCCACGAUUGCGGCAGGCAUGUUGGAUGAGCGACCCCUUGUACGGGAAGGAUUUCUACAUAUCAUGGUAUACUCUCCCUCCACCCUUAGUCCAUCCACUUUUCAGAGGUUUUUACCACUGUCGUUCCCGUGGGUGCUCGAAGGACUAUCACACUUUUCCGAUCGUGUUCGGGAUGUGGCACUUGUGGCGGGCUCAGGCAUCAUUAACUCGUAUGGGACGCGGAAUCUUUCGUUGGUGCUGGAACCAUUGCUUUCUGGUGUGGUGAGUGAGGUGACAACAUUGCGUCAAAGCUCCAUGCUACUGGCUUCAAAACUGCUCAUUCACUUGGUCCAACAAAUUCGUAAAAGGAUGCGCAUUAAUUUAGCCAAGGAGAACCUGGCCGGGGACCAAGACAAGACGGAGGAACUGGAACGAAUCCUGGAACAGGAAGCAGAAGCCGCUGAAGACGCGGAAAACUGUGGUGUACUUCAGAUGGAGGCCGCACGCGAUGUGGAGAAGCGUGGCAUCUCUAUUCUUGGCUCCCUUGAGGAGAUUUUGGGAACGGAGGGAUUCACCCAGUUGCUGUCGGCGAUGUACUGUGGCCGUCAUGAGCGUAAUUUGAACGUCCGCACAGAUACAAACAAUGCGUGGCAGACGUGUGUGGCGAGUCUUCGUGGUGCUGUUAAGAAAAUUUUUAACGGUCUUGUAAAUGUUUUGGUCUUAUUUGCCUCCUCCGAAAAUCUGGAUUGUGUGGAGAUGGCUGUGAAAACUAUUGAAUUUACUUCCCGUUUGAAUGAGAUGAUUGAGCAACUGAUUGAGGCCUUAUGCGACCGCUACCAUGAAAAGAGCCGUAGAAGUAAACUUGGGGCACUUACAUGUCUUGCAAACGUCGUGGUUUACAUUGACUCUCGUCGUCUCAUUGGCGUAGGCGGCCAGAUUGUGGGGUGUGUUCUUCCCGGCAUGCAGGAUACGGACCCGCGAGUGCAGGAGUGCGCGCGAGAUGUGUUUGCGAAGGUGUCCAAGUCAGUCGGUCCAAGACUCAUUGAGGAUGCAAUUGAAGCGCAAAUUGAGACGUCAGUGCGUGGUGUGGUGGAAGUGGUGAAGGUAAAACCAGUUGCCGCACUCGAUAUAAUUUUCAAGUAUCUUGCGCAACGGUCUGUGUACACACAGGACAACCUUGAACUUCUCGAUGCCAUUCUUGAUGUGGAUGAGGCAUAUGAACAGAUGCGUCGCUACUCCGAUGAUAUGAGUCGAACACUUCUUGCGUUUCUUGUGCAAGGGCUUGAGGGUGCGAGUGAGACGUAUCAAAAGUUUAUUGAAGGCUUGUCUCGUGAAUUUGAGCACCUGCCAGUUGAACAUUGGGAAAAAGGACUUCGUUCCCCGGCGACACAGCGUGGCGCUCUUCUUGCAGCGGAGGCGUAUGGUUUGGGUGUGUCGUUUGACUCUAUUGAGACUCUCACCGCGGUGUUCCGUGCUGCCAUUGAAGCUCUUGGAAGCGACGAUGACGAACUUCGAAGCAUUGCGGUUUCUAUGAUCCCACGCCUCAUUGCAUCGCUUGAGCAACGUGUAGUAGAAUCCCUGGAGGAAGAGGAGCAACAAGACCUUACGACCAGCAAGCGUGCUGCUGGCCGAUAUCUGUUGCAAUACCUGGAUGUGUUUCAAAACACAUUGGGGGUUACCGCGCGUGCAUUUAUUACUGAGACAGAACCGGAGUUUAAUGUUCUUGGCGAGGGUGAACCCGCGCGAAUAUUUGACGUUUUCAUGAACUUCUAUAACAGAGGCCUUGAUUAUGGCACCUCCGUGCAAAAGGUGCAGGCCGUGGAGUGCAUUCAGGACCUAUUGUCGUUUGCACCGCGACAUUUGAGCGCGGGCGCUGCCAAUACAGUCGCUGGUCGUUGCUCAAAGGUGUUAUUUACACGAAAUGAAGGAACUGUUGUUCUUGCGCUUGUCAGAGUUUGUUUGCAACUCAUGGACUAUCCUGCCAGCGGUAAGGAGAAAAUGGUGGAAGGUACCAUGGCACUUGCGAUGUUUAAUGCUUCUCUAUGCGACAAGGGUGAGGCCCGCGUGUUGGCACUUCGUGUUGUCAUUCGAUUGCUGCAAAGGUCUGAAAAGUACGCCGAACUUAUUCUUGGUACAGUGGUGACCAAAAAAAAUUCUGUCGACACUGCAUUGCUUCGGGGAGUUAUGUGCCGUUUUGUCUCUGUCGUAAUACGAUACAGUCACUUCACCAAAGCAUUGAGUCACAUUACAAAAUUGAUGGACUUUGUGCUGCCCACCUGGGAAUGGGCGGAAACGCCGGCAACUGCAGCUUUUUCCGGUGUGGCCGUCGCAGCGCUAUGCAAGUCGGCAAGUACUACCGAUGGACAGCUUGCUGAGCUUCAAAAGAAGGCGCUGGUAAUGAUGUCUUCCAAAGGGAGCGCGGCCCUUGGUGGCUUCGCGUUUGCGUACUCGCUUGUCACGUGCUGCAUGGAGCGUGCAGACCCGACGUUUAUUCGCGCGGCAGCGGAUGGCGUACGAACGGCGGCGAGUGUUGGCGCUAGCGACAAGUUGACUAUCACGUGGUUGCUACGCGCCGCCGCCGCGCUGGCCAGCACCGGACUCAUACAGGCUUCUGACCUCAUGCCAGAAGUAUUUGUUCCAAUGCUGCGCCGUGUGGACGUGAACGAUGAGCUGAUGAUGAGCACUGCGCAGUAUUAUUACGAGGUGAUUGUGGAGAGGUUUCCUGAAGUGGCUGGUGCGUUGGCAGGUAUUCCGCGGGAACAGAGCAGACAGUGGGGUAUUGUUGGCCACUUUGACGCCGACCUUGACGACGAAGAGGCUGCUGACACGGUGUACUAG